CUUCACAUUGUAACAUUUUGUCAUCCCUCGAACACAACACACAAAGACCAGAAACACUUUGCUGCAUCGACAAUGGCGAUCACACACCACGCCCCAACCGUUAAUUUCAAGGGUGUGAUGACCAAGGAAGAGUUCAAGAAGUGGUUAGCAACAUUUGACACCAACAAGGACGGGAGAAUUAGCAAGGAGGAGCUCCGGCAUGCCAUCCGGGCCACCGGUGCAUGGUUCCCUUGGUUGAAGGCCAACAAGGCGGUGCAUGCAGCAGACACCAACGGCGAUGGUUUCAUCGACGAGAAUGAGAUGAACAACCUUGUGGACUAUGCAGAGAAACAUCUUAACGUGAAAAUUGCGUAGCCUUUAAGUCCUCUGCUUGAAGGCUGAUGCAAUAAUAUCUGAAAGGGUUGAGCUCUCUUGUUUGAUAUAGAAGCUUGUAUGCUUAAGUCUAGUUACUUUGAGUAUAUGGGAGUUGUACUUGUGUCUGUACCAACCCUAAUGAGACAUCCCUUAUGAGUAACCACUAUGGUU